CCGGAAGUGUGGCAGCAGUGUGGCCGGAAGCGCGGCGCUCCGGACCGGAAGCGGGACCCCGCCGUGGCAGCCGCGGGCGGGAGGCGCGGUGCGCGGCCACCCCCGGCAUGGAGAGGCGCCGCGGGCUCGGGGCAGAUGAAGGCGAUGGCGCGGGGCUGAAUGGCCUCAUCCUGCUCCUCCUCAGCGCCCGCGGCGAGACGGCCGAGGAGGGCAGCAGCCCGGGCCGCAGCCUGGCACGCUCGUUGCAGAAGGCGGAGGCCGCGCUGCGCAGCUGCGUCCGUCCCGGGCUGCGGCGCCUGCUGCCCCCACGGCCCCGGCAGCGCCGCGACACCGACAGUGACACUGACGGCGACACUGAUGGCGAGGAGGAGGAGGAGGAGGCGGCCGAAGGCGCCAGCCUGGUGCCAGCGCUGGAGCAGAGCUUCCCGGGGCUGCGCCAUGCGCUCAGCAUCCGCGAGGACCCGCACACCGAGACCUUCCACGGGCACGUGCGGCCACAGCCCGGCAACACCGGCGAUGCCUUCUCCUACCAUGCCGCGCACCCCUGCGUGGCGCAGCGUGGCGCCGCCCUGCACGCGCUGCUGCGGCACCGCCACCUCCUGCGCCUCGUCCGCGCCUAUAGCUGCCGCCUGCACGCAGCCUCGGCCUUCCUGCGCCGGCUCCUGGCGCUGACCGACCCGCCAACGGCCGCCGUCCCGCCGCUGCAUGCGCUGUGCCGGGAACUGCGAGCGCACACCAGGCACUGGAGCGUGCUGCGGCGGCGCCUGCGCGGCAACCCGUGGCUGCGGCCGCUGCUGCUGCACCGGCACGAGGCGGUGGCGGGGAUGCGGCGGGCGCUGCUGCUGCUCGCACUGCACGCGGUGCGGCUCGCCGAGCGCCACGCCGAGAAGCGGCUGCGGGUGCUGGCACGGGAUUUCUGCACUGUGGCUCCGGCACCACUCGCCGACCUCUUCCAGGGACUGGAGCUGUACAACCAGGCCGUGGCCGAGCUGGAGCCGGAGCUGCGUGGCGCUGGCAUCGCCGAUGGCUGCCGCGCCUUCCCUGUGAGCCGCGUGCUGGCAGUGCUGGCGGCUGAGCGCGGGCGGGCAGCGGCCGAGCGGCUCGGACCCCUCCUGCAGCUGCAGGACGCCGGCACCGAGCGCGAGUGCUGGGACGACAUCGCGGUGCCUUGGCCGCCAGAGCACGGCAACGCUGAAGGUUCUGGAACGGCCGAGGCAGCCGGGAUCGCCGCGGAGCUGCGGGCGCUGUGCCGGGAGGACGAGGAGCUGCUGGGCCUCAUCCUGCACGUGCCGGGCGCCGGCUGGACGUCGGCACCGGGGUCGGACGCGCUGCUCGCCCAGUACCGGCCUCAGUUCUGGGGCACCGCCGGCACCGCGCUGGAGCAGCGCCUGGCACCGCCCCACGCCGGGGCUGCCGGCAGCGCUGCACGCGGGCUGGCACGUGCCCUCGCCCACGGUGAGGGGGGCCGGGGGGGCGGUGGGGACCCCAACUCCGCCGUGGGGCUCUGACCCCCAUCUCCCCACAGCGCGGACACCCCCCGAGUGCGAGGAGGAGCUGCGGCGGCUCUGCCUGCGCCUGCUGUGCCGCGACGCCCUGCGGAGCUGGGAGCGAGGGUUCCCGCAGGCGCUGGGCGCCGGGCGCUGGGCCGCGGGGUCGGUGCUGCGGCCACAUCCGGAGGCAGCGCUGAGCGAGGCUGCGCAGGGGCUGCGGCGACUGCACCCGGCGCUGCGCUGCGCCCUGCGGUGCCUGCCAG